AGCCUCACCUGGCCCCUCCCACCUCUGUCUGCACCGUGUCUGUGUAUGUCUAUGCGCGUCCCCGGCCGAGCGGGAAAUUUCCAUUGAUCACCGAAUAACGGGCUGCGGUGGGCGUGCAUAGUCGGUGCCGGGGGAAUCCGGUGUGUCCCGAGUGCUGCGAGGUCUCUGUGUGAGCGGCAUCUCUAUGGCGUACAGUCAGGGGGGCGGCAAGAAGAAGGUCUGCUACUACUAUGAUGGUGACAUUGGGAACUACUACUAUGGACAAGGACACCCUAUGAAGCCUCAUAGGAUACGAAUGACCCACAACUUACUUUUGAACUAUGGACUCUACAGAAAGAUGGAAAUAUAUCGCCCUCACAAGGCCACAGCAGAAGAGAUGACCAAGUAUCACAGUGAUGAAUACAUCAAGUUUCUUCGAUCGAUAAGACCAGACAAUAUGUCUGAAUACAGCAAACAAAUGCAAAGAUUCAACGUUGGUGAGGACUGUCCGGUGUUUGAUGGCCUUUUUGAGUUCUGCCAGCUUUCCACUGGAGGCUCUGUGGCUGGUGCUGUAAAACUGAACAGACAGCAAACUGACAUGGCAGUAAACUGGGCAGGAGGACUUCAUCAUGCAAAGAAAUCUGAAGCAUCUGGGUUUUGUUAUGUGAAUGACAUUGUACUUGCCAUCCUUGAACUCUUAAAAUACCACCAAAGAGUGUUAUACAUUGACAUAGAUAUUCACCAUGGUGAUGGUGUUGAAGAGGCUUUCUAUACCACAGAUCGGGUCAUGACCGUUUCAUUCCAUAAAUAUGGGGAAUAUUUCCCUGGCACCGGUGAUCUCAGAGAUAUUGGUGCUGGAAAAGGCAAGUAUUAUGCUGUCAAUUUCCCAAUGAGGGAUGGAAUUGAUGAUGAAUCAUACGGACAAAUAUUUAAGCCAAUCAUUUCCAAAGUAAUGGAGAUGUACCAGCCCAGUGCAGUGGUUUUACAGUGUGGUGCCGAUUCAUUGUCUGGAGAUCGCCUUGGGUGCUUCAAUUUAACAGUAAAGGGUCAUGCUAAGUGUGUUGAAGUUGUAAAAACUUUUAACUUGCCUCUACUCAUGCUCGGUGGAGGUGGAUAUACUAUUCGUAAUGUUGCUCGCUGCUGGACAUAUGAGACUGCUGUUGCCCUGGAUUGUGAAAUCCCAAAUGAGCUACCAUACAAUGAUUACUUUGAAUAUUUUGGGCCAGAUUUCAAGCUUCAUAUUAGCCCUUCCAACAUGACCAAUCAAAAUACACCAGAGUACAUGGAGAAAAUAAAGCAGCGCUUAUUUGAGAAUCUGCGUAUGCUUCCCCAUGCACCGGGUGUACAGAUGCAGGCUAUACCAGAAGAUGCCAUUCAGGAGGACAGUGGAGAUGAAGAAGCGGAGGACCCAGAUAAGCGUAUUUCUAUACGAGCUUCUGACAAGCGGAUAGCCUGCGAAGAAGAGUUUUCAGACUCUGAGGAUGAAGGUGAAGGGGGAAGACGUAAUGUUGCUGAUCAUAAAAAGGGAAAAAAAAAAGCGAGACUUGAAGAGGAUAAGAAGGAAAAUGACGACAAGAAAUCGGAUGUGAAAGAAGAAGAUAAAUCUAAAGACAAUACUGUGGAGAAAAUGGACACUAAAGGUGUCAAGUCAGAUCAGCCAAGUAAUCCCUGAGCUUUCAGAAAUGUCUUCAGGAUGCUGUGUUCAGAGAUGAAAGUAGAGUCUGCCUCAUCCCUCACUUUUUCUUGACAAGAGACUUCUGAUCUACCCCUGUAGCACUUGGCAUGGACCGUAUUUAUUGUAAAACGGUAUCGUUUUCCUGGCAGGUCUUAUUGAGUUUUCUAAUUACGGAGCAACAUUUCUUAUCUUUGCCUUGCUUUAUGUAAUAGUAUUUAAGAUGAAUGUGUUAUUAUGUUUCAUGUCUUAAACUGAUCUAUUAAAAUGCCUUUUUUGCCUUUA